UCGACUUCCGCUUUGUAAUCUGACCCGUCUGUGUGAUUGCCGUCGAUAUAAAAUAUAGAUAUAUGCAUAUACAGUAACACAUCUGUCACCUCCAGCGGACGGUUGGCGGCUAUUAGGAAUAUGGAGAAGCUCGGAGACAAUGAUAACGAGACGGCAAAUAUGGAGGAGGAGGAUGCAGAUUCUUCCAGUAACAGUGCAGCUAAGCACAGCUGUCUGCUCCAUCAGGACAUUGCAGUAUCUAGCAUUUCUCCUCCGGAUUAUGGCCUGGAACAGGAUGUGGUGGAAGACAGACCUAUUCCAAAGAUAAAGAUGCGUAAGGCAUUAAAGAGAAAAAAGGCCGGAAUCAGUAAUAGAAAGAGGGUGCAUUUUUGUUCCCAGUUUCCAAAAGACGUAGCAGAGGUUCAGUCCAGCAUUGGAGAUUUGGUGUUGGCAGCAGAGUUUAUGGAGAAAGCAAAUAAAGCAAAUAUCCAAGAUGUGGGUGAUCGAAAUGAAUGUAUUGUGCAUGACCAUGGAGAUUACUGUGUACCCGACAACCCUGAGCUCUUGAAAGAGAUGGUGAGAGAGUUGAAGAAGACAUGUCACCAGCAGAGCCAGAGUCUGCAGUUAUUACAAGAAGCACUUAAAAACAAAGAAAUGCAAUGUCAGCAACUCCAGGAGAAGUGGGAGAACGAGAGAUGGACGCUGUUGUCGGAUAUGGGCGAUCAGAUUUUGCAGUUGGAAUCAGACAUCCGGAACUUAACCUGCGAGAAGGAGAUUCUCGAAAAGAAGAACAAAGAGCUGCAGGAGCAGCUGGAGAGAAGCUCUGGGACCGUUCUUUAUUUGGGUCAGCAAGUAAAGCACCAAGAGCACAACAGGGACAGUGUCAGCUUCUGUAUGAACAGCAUUAAAAAUGAAAGCAAAUGGGUGCGCUUUUACACAGGCUUUGACAGCUAUGAGCACCUCACAGACUUCCUGAGCUUUCUUACAGCAGACCAACAACUAUGUACUGGCCGAAUUCGGAAAAAAACGGAGGUGGGGCCUCAGAGUGCCUUAAGUUUAGAAGAUCAGCUCCUCCUCGUACUCACAAGAUUGCGCUUAGGGUUACUGCUUCAGGAUCUGGCAUUUCGAUUCAGGGUAUCAGAGUCCACUGUCUCGCGUUACUGGUUGAACUGGACAGAACUUUUACAUGCACGUCUUACCCAGAUCCCCAUCCUGUACAGUGCCCGAUACCUAGAACUCUUCCAACCAAAGAGAACUGUGCAGUACCAAGGCCUUACAUUUACAGUCAUGGACUGUACAGACCUAUUCUUUGAAGUACAAGCCAAGGACCGUACUAAACCUGCUCCUACCCAUCCCUCCAGAAGUCAUUAUUUAAGACGCGGAUACGCCAUCGCCUCUUCCAAUGGUUUCAUCACGUUUUCAUCUAGUUUAGCAUUUGGAAUAGCUACCAAAGUAAUGGAUGGUAAGCCACAAGAGCUGUGUGGAGGGAUAAGCCCACAAUUAGAUCUACCAGCUUUCAUGCAAAAUGUCCCGACCCAGCUGUCAGAGGAGCAGAAGGAGAUGAGCAGACAAGUCCUAAGCAUCGUAAGUCUCAUAGACAAAGCGCUCAACUUUCGCUUUCUAAAGUGUGUGUAUCCACAGAACAUGGAAGCACAAGUAGAUCGAGCCUGGGUCAUCUGCUGCUACUUGGCAUGUCUGCUACAUGAUCCGAUGGGACUGUCCGAAAACCAACCCCAAAAGCUUUUCUUCUAACUACAGAUGUGUAAGGGCUUAAGUGGUCAUUGCUCAGUCACACUCAAAACUCCAAUACCAAAAAACCAGGCCAUUAGUAUCUGACUGGUGGGGGUCCAACUCCAGGCACCCCAAAACGAAUUCACUGUAUGGCGCAAUUGUUCACCCAGGCACAGUGCCAUACAUUAGUUUGUUGCUGUGCCUGGUGCUGCAGCUUAGCUCCAUUUACCUGACAGACAUUGUAGUACCAGGCACAGUGUGGCACUGUGUAAACAAUGAAGGUAAGGCAAUGCUGAAACUCUGCAGCCCCUUCUUUUACACGAUUUUCAUCAAUAUACCAGCUUGACAAAGCCCUUUGUAAAGCUACGUUCACAUCUCUGGUAAUAUGGUAGCAUUUACCGACGGAAGCUGCCAGAUCCCAUUAUAGUCAAUGCGGAUGCGUCCAUGCCAGAUGCGGUAACUCCAGUAGUCUGUUCCUCUGGCAGAACAGAUUACCGCAUUACCUUUAGUUACCAUGAAAACAUAUCUGUGUAUAGAUGUUUCCAUAAUUAUUUGCAAAAUUGCUUUUUUUAUUGAUCCAGUGCAUCUAGACUCGGCCUGCUGUCUAAACGCCCGUCUUCUCUGCAAGUGGCUGUUUCAUGAUCAAAGCAGCCAUAUUUUACUAAUGUAAUCUAACUAGCACAUAUGACUAUGUAGGGCAGGGGUAGCUCAACCAGUGGCCCUCCAGCUGUUGUAAACUACAACUCCCACCAUGCCCUGCUGUAGGCUGCCUAGGCAGGCUGGGAGUUGUAGUUGUGCAACAGCUGGAGGGCCGCAGGUUGAGCACCCCUGCUUGAGGGUAUAUGCACACUGUAUUUUCGUGCGGACAGUCUGCAGCACAGCAUCCAGAUAAGUGGAUGAGAUUUUCAAAAUCUCAUGGAAAUGGUGGGGAAAGUUUCCACACGAAAGUUGACCUUCUGAAAUCUGCCAAUUGUUAGUGCAGGUUUCACCCUUUGCAGUGCAGAGGGUGAGAUCUAGAGCAAGUCCAUAAAAAUUAAAAAUCAGCAAGUAACAAUGCAGAUUUGGGUACAGAAAUGACAAACCGCACUGCUGUGUGCACAUACCCUUACUAGAAUGACAUCUGGGGUUUUACCCAGCAAGCCGUUUGCUUUUUUGCACUUUGCCUUCUUGUAGAGAUGUUCUGCUCACUAGAAACACAGCCAGAUCCGCAAAUUAGAAAGUAUGUGAACACCGCCUUAGAGGACAAAUGAAAUGCUUCAGCGUUUCAGAUUUAGUUGAAAACUAGAAGAUUCCGAUACCUGGACCAAAGAAUUUGGGAAUAUAAAAGCUGAGGUUUUCUGAUUCAAUGCCACUUGCAUUUAAAAAGAAAAAAACCAUAGCUAAACAUUUAUCAUUAUAGGGGUCGGCGUGGGAGAUGCAAGCUCAAUUUUAAUGGACUCAACCACCCCUCCACAUCUGCUCCUCAAAACAGCCCCCUUUCAAAACUGACUGACAUCCAUGCAUUUUAGAAGGCUACUCACACUUGAGUUGUUGUUGUUUUCAGUAUUGAGAUCUGGCAGAGGAUCCAAAUACCAGGAAAAAAAGAAUUUUUGUCCUCAUGCAUUCCGAAUGGAACGAGGCCCGUCCAGGAUGCACCAGGAGGUCUUCCGUUCUGGCAGCAUUGCAUUUUGUGAAUGGACAUGGAAAAAACAGAUCCAGCACUGAAAACAAUGUCUGUAAACGGUAAUGGAUCUGUUUUUUUGGAGUAAAAAAUAAAUAAAAAUGAUCCGUCACCCAUUGACUUUCAAUGUAUGUAGUGAACAAUCUGUUUUGAUUUCACACAAAUGCAUCCUAACGGAAUGGAUGCAUCCUGAUGUGCAGAGUCUGCUGGAUCUCAAUACCGGAAUUACCACCAGUGUUUUAAU